AUGGACGAUGUUUCCAGAUGUGCUGCAGGGCUCGCCAAAGUCCUCACUGCAGAGGAGGGGGAGGAAGCUCCACCACCCCCAAAGCAAGCAGUGCAGAAGGUCCAGGCCGGGGACCGUUACGUGGGCUGGCUGAAGCACCCUGUGUUGACGGCUCGGCAGAAGUUCGACCUUGUUGUUGAGGUAGGACCUGGAGACGAUAAGGGCGCUUGGAAGAUCACGGAUCCCAACAAGAAGCUGCAGGCUGGCAAGUCUUGGGAGGGCCCUUGCAAGGUGAUUGUUGAGAAAGACGGCAUCAUCUUCCGGGACGAAGAGACUGUGCUCAACGGGACCCUCAAUGGUGCUGGGCUGUGA